AUUAGCCAUGGCAGAAGAAAACCAAAACAAGAAGAAAACAAACAAUCCCAAAACAUAUCAAGUCAGAAAAGAAUGCAUUAAGCGGAAAACAAUGGAGCUUUCAACUCUCUGUGAUAUAAAGUGUUGUACUAUUAUUACGAGCCCUCAAGGGGAACUUCAGACUUGGCCUGAAAAUUUGGAUGCUGUUAAAGAAGUUCUUAAUAUGUACACUCAAACUCUAAGUCCCAACAAAAAAGAAGAAGAGAUUGAUAUUCCGACGUUAGUGGAUUCAAAACUUGAUGCUGUGAACAAGAGAAUUCGUUACUUGGAGAACAAGAAUGCUGGUUUUCUUAGUAAUAAUAAGGGUAAGAAACAGAGGAUUGAGUGAUAUUUGUGGAUAUGGAUAUUGAUUGAUUGGAAACAGUUAUUCGUUUAUUAUUUUUAAUGUCUAUUUUUCUGUAUUUAGAUAACUACGUAGUUUAGAUCGUCAAGAGAUAACAAUUGGGAUCUUUAUAUUCUUUGUGGAUUUACUGAAGUUGAAAGAUUUAUCUUUGAUUUGGGAAUUGUA